AUGGCGUUUCCAGCCAGCACCAGAAAGCAACGUUGCCAGAAGCUUCAAAACGGUCAAAUCCGUCUCGUCUCGUCAUCCGCCGCACCGCUUGUUGGGCUGAGCAGAGUACCUGUUGAAAUGAAGUUAUUCCCAAAGACUGCGUGCAUUGAACGGUGAGUUGAGGUCGGCGAGUGACAUUGAGCAUUGAAUUACACUGUUGUGCAGCGGUGGUGCUGGUGGUUGGUGUAGUCAGAGAAGCGAAGCCUUUGGGUGGCGAGCUGAACGGAUUGGCCGGGCGGCAGUCGACCGGGACAACAAACCCCCGAAGCGAGGACGGCAGACGUUGAGAUUUGCCCACAAUCAACACAAGCACAACAUCAUCGAAAUGCGACAAGCGAAAGCACCCUCCAUCACCAUGAGAGCCCCAUCCUGUCGUCCUGCGGGUCGUAAUCCCCCACUAGCUCCUACCUACGCCCCUCCUCUGUCUUGCGCUGCCACCCCCGAUGGAUUGCCCCGAGGAUGA